AUGCACAUCGCGAUCCUCGACGCCGACAUCCCCGUCCCAGAAGUUUACGCCUCCCGCGGCCUCUACAGCACCCAAUUCCGUCAUCUCCUCCAAGCCGCCGCCUCCCGCCUCACCACCAAAUACACACACGCAGUCCCCGAAAUAAACACAUCCUCCUACGAUGUCGUCGGCGGUGUACUCCCCCCGUUGAAACGACUGCGCAAACUUCCACAAGACCAAGAAAAUGGAGCCAAAAAUGACGGUGAUGCCAUCGACGGAAUUCUGAUAACGGGCUCUGCGAACUCCGCAUGCGAUAAGCACACGAAGCCCUGGAUUGCGGAAUUAGAGCGGUUUAUACGAAUGGUUUUUGAGGAGUUUCCUGGGGUUAAGAUCUUUGGGUCCUGUUUUGGACAUCAGGUUAUUGCGCAGGCUUUACUCUCUCCUUCUUUGCCGGAGAAUGAUGGUGCUGGAUUCCAUGUCGAACAGUGUCCGUACGGGUAUGAAGUGGGUAUCGUGCCGAUUACGCUGAAUAGCGCGUUCAACGAGGCUUUCCCAUAUAUCGCCAAAAACCUACAGAACCGGGAAUUCAGAUUACAACUCGUCCACGGAGAUCGCGUCGUCCCCGUCCCGAUCCCUACCAACACUACCAAUUCGGACCCCAAACCAGACCAAAUAACUCUCCCAACCCCAUGGCUCAACCUAGGCUCCACAACCAAAUGCCCCGUCCAAGGCCUCUACCACCCCGGCCGGGUAUUGACUUUUCAGGGACACUUUGAAUUCGACAGUUUCGUGAACCGGGAGACGUGUAUCGAGUUUGGGAAGAGGCUUGGGUGGAGGGAGGAUGAUAUUGGGGGGUUUGUAGAGAGUAUUGAUGUUGCUGUUAAGAAGGAAGGGGAUGAUGAUGAUUCGAGGGUUGCGGCUGAGGGGGGCGUUCUCUCUGGCUCCAAGCUGCAUCUCCUCGAUUUACCAGCGGAGAUCCUGAAGGGGAUUGCCGUGCAGGUAAAUUAUGCAAAUGGCCUGCCGUAUUUGGCUCAGACCUGCUCCACUCUGUAUGCGGUGGCUACUCCUGUCAUAUAUUCCCGGUUUAGGAUUAUAUGGCCAGAGGUUUCAGCAUCUUCUAGUAAUCCCCGUGUAGACCCUCUAUCUUACGGCGUGGCGACGCUGGAUAUGAGAGAGGAUAUCUUCACCACAGUGUCGUCUUCGAAGCAGUCGACUGAAUCGUGUCCUUGUUACUACAUGAUCAAGGAAGCAAGGAAAAUUAUUGGCACCCUAGUUGCUCUGGCAGUGGCGAGGAUGAUCAACCUGGAAACCUUCUUCUGGGACAUGCACUCAGAGGUUCCAACCGAGGCUUGGAUUGCGCUUUCGUCGCUGGCAAAUAAACCGGGACACGAGUGUCGUCUGGAGUGCAUUUUUGUUCGAUGGCAUGAUAACUCUGCGGAGACCACAGCGCCAUGGCUAGGAGAUGUUGCGGUUAUCCCCUCCGGCCAGUCACUCUUCCAGAGAUACGGCCAUGUCGAGUAUCCCACGCUAUCGAUUCUACGAUAUCUGCUUCAGUACUUUCACAGGCCAUUGACUGGACCAAAUUAA